CAAUUUCUUCCCCCAUUAAUAAAACUCCGAUUUCUCCCAUUCAUAACUUUGCUCCAAACUUCCAGUUCGAUCAACGGCUCCAAUUAAUUCCCGAGUUGCAGGAGCUUAAUCUCGACCCUCCGUUCUCACCUGGUUAACUUCGUCAUAUGAGAGUCUGUUGGUAAUUGUUUGAGUUAGUGACUGCUUAUCAAUAGAAGCAUUCAGAAACACAAAAAUUAUCGUUCCCUGUGAUUUAUGGCUGAUAAUCAGUUGACUGUUCCAGAUUCUCUCAUACUCGAUCAGUCUCUAAUACUCGAUCAUUCUCUAGCUAUUGGACAAGAAUUCCCUGAUGUUGAAACUUGCCGAAGAGCAUUGAAGGAUGUUGCGAUAGCAUUGCAUUUUGAUCUUCGAAUAGUUAAGUCAGAUCGCAGCCGUUUUAUAGCAAAGUGCUCUAAGGAGGGCUGCCCUUGGCGUGUUCAUGUUGCAAAAUGUCAAAAUGUUCCUACCUUUUCAAUUAGAACACUGAACACAGAGCACACAUGUGAAGGAGUUCGUAAUCUUCAUCAUCAUCAAGCAUCAGUUGGUUGGGUUGCAAGAUCAGUAGAAUCUCGAGUGAAGGACAAUCCACAAUACAAGCCCAAGGAAAUUUUGCAAGAUAUUCGUGACCAACAUGGGGUUGCUGUAUCUUACAUGCAAGCGUGGCGUGGAAAGGAACGUAGUAUGGCUGCCCUUCAUGGAACAUUUGAAGAUGGAUAUCGUUUUCUUCCUGCAUACUGUGAACAAAUCAGGAAAACUAAUCCUGGAAGCAUUGCCACAGUUGUUGCAACAGGACCUGAAAAUUGCUUCCAAAGACUCUUUGUCUCUUAUCGGGCAUCGAUAUAUGGCUUUAUAAAUGCUUGUAGGCCACUCUUAGAACUGGACAAAGCACAUCUUAAAGGAAAAUACUUGGGGACAAUACUAUGUGCUGCAGCUAUUGAUGCAGAUGAUAAACUAUUUCCUGUAGCAUUUGCUAUUGUUGAUACAGAUAGUGAUGAAAAUUGGAUGUGGUUCAUGUCAGAGUUGCGGAAGCUUCUGGGAGUCAAUACUGAGAACAUGCCUAGGCUUACAAUAUUAUCUGAAAGACAAAGGGGCAUGGUUGAAGCAGUGGAGACACAUUUUCCAAGUGCUUACCAUGGUUUUUGUCUGCGAUUCAUCAGUGAAAAUUUCCGCGAUACAUUUAAGAAUUCAAAGUUGGUGAAUAUCUUCUGGAAUGCUGUGUAUGCUCUAACAGCAGUUGAAUUUGAAAGCAAGAUAUCUGAAAUGAUGGGGGUGAACCAAGAUGUUGGAACAUGGUUCCAACAGUAUCCGCCUCAACUUUGGGCAGUUGCAUAUUUUGAGGGAGUUAGGUAUGGACAUUUCACAUUAAGUAUCACAGAGUUGUUGUAUAACUGGGCUCUUGAAUGUCAUGAGCUUCCAAUAGUUCAAAUGAUGGAACAUAUUCGUCAGCAGUUAGUUACAUGGUUUGAUGAAAGGCGUGCUGUGGGCAUGAGAUUAGAUUCCAUUUUAGUGCCAUCUGCUGAGAAAAAGAUCUCAGAAGCAAUUGCAGAUGCCCAUUGUUAUCAAGUGCUUCGUGCAAACGAGGUUGAGUUUGAAAUUGUGUCAACUGAGCGUACAAACAUUGUGGAUAUAAGAGCUCGGGUUUGUUCAUGCCGACGCUGGCAACUUUAUGGUAUACCUUGUGCUCAUGCCGCUGCUGCUCUCAUCUCCUGUGGGCAAAAUGCUCAUAUGUUUGCUGAGCAUUGUUUUACAGUUGCAAGCUACAGGGAAGCUUAUUCUCAGAUAAUAAUGCCUAUUCCUGAUAAGAGUCAGUGGAACGAGCAAGGUGAGGGGAUGGCAGAAGGCGGAGGCGCCAAACUUGACAUUGUAAUUAGGCCGCCUAAAACUCGACGACCGCCUGGUAGGCCAAAGAAGAAGGUGUUGCGUGUAGAGAAUUUAAAACGGCCGAAAAGAGUAGUUCAGUGUGGCCGUUGCCAUAUGCUAGGGCAUUCUCAAAAGAAAUGCACAUUGCAACUUUGAUUUUAUAUUACUUUGUACAUCUUCCCAGAUUGUUGUAGAAUUGGUAGUACUGUUGUGUCCUUGAAUGACUGUCAACAGUUGUAAAGAUUUAAUUUGUGGAGCUUUCAACUUGACUUAAUGUCAGCUUUUUAUCAGAC